UCUAUUUUCAGAACCUUUUUUUACAGAUUAUGUUUUAAUCUUUUUUUAAAAAAAUCUCUUUGUGAACUUUGUAUGUUUUUAGAUUUUGUUAAUCUCAUGGAGUGGAAACUUCAUAAGGCAAUAUUUAAAGAAAUUAUAAUAUUUAUUUUUGUAAAUAUAAAUCUGUAUAACAUAAAUCGGUUUUUUUAUUCAUUUAGUUGAAAAAAUGUUUGCAGUAUCAAGGUUUUUUUGUCAAGAAAGAAUUUUUUUGAAAGAGAUAUAUGCACUUCGAAAAUGUUCCUCCCAAGGCAAAAAAGCACUGAGAAGUGAUUCUAAGAAAAUUUUCAAAGCAUUGAUUAAUGGAGACCGAGGCUCCUUAGCACGUGGAAUUACUUUAGUCGAAUCUACCCAUAUUGAUGACAUUGGAGAAGCCAAUAAGUUAUUAGGAUGUGUACUGCAGUAUCUAAAAACUCCUUCGAAAAAUAAUAAACAAACUUUUCGAAUUGGCUUAACUGGGGCACCGGGGGCUGGAAAAAGUUCUCUCAUAGAAACAUUUGGUAAGAAAUUGACAAAGGAAGGUCAUAAAGUUGCUGUUCUUGCAAUAGACCCUUCUUCAGUUAAAACUGGAGGGUCGUUAUUGGGUGAUCGUACAAGAAUGACAGAGCUAGCACGUGACCCUAAUGCAUUUAUAAGGCCAUCUCCAGCUUCGGGGACAUUGGGUGGUGUAGCUCGAAAAACAAACGAGGCUCUUGUCCUCUGUGAAGGGGCUGGUUAUAAUAUUAUUUUAAUAGAAACAGUUGGUAUAGGUCAAUCUGAGUUUGCUGUAAAAGACAUGGUGGAUAUGUUUGUGUUAGUUAUUCCACCUGCAGCUGGUGAUGAACUGCAAGGGAUUAAAAAGGGCAUUGUAGAAAUGGCUGACUUAGUGCUAGUAAACAAAGCUGAUGGAGAUUUAAAGCCUGCUGCUAAAAGAAUACAAGCUGAAUAUACUAGUGCAUUGAAAUUACUGCAAAGACCCAGUGACGUAUGGAGGCCUAGGGUUUAUCCUGUCUCUGCAUUGUACAAUGAGGGAUUUGAGAAAGUUUGGUGGAAAAUGCAACAGUUUCGCGAGGUUAUGAUUAAAAAUGAAACGUUUCAUCAGAAAAGAAAACAGCAGUAUAAUGCUUGGAUGUGGAACUACAUUGAAGAUAAUAUUAUGCAAAGUUUCGUUAGUAACAAUUCAGUGAAACUAGAGUUAAAAAAAUACGAGAAGAUGGUUGAGAAUGGGGAGAUCACUCCUUAUAUGGCUGCUGAUGCAUUGUUAAAAAUAUUUAAUACUGAUCGAAGCUGAAGUAUAUAAAUAUAUAUUUAUGUAAUAAUUAAUCUUCGUAAAA